AUGGUCAGUCUGUCUGUCUCAGGGGCUGGGUUUCUCUUUUACCCAAGAAGAGGAAAAAAAGUUUCAAGCAUGACGAGACAAAGACACUGAGUGAACACUGACAAAUAAUGAUUUAAACACUUCCACAACUCACCAUGGCCAUAAGGGAGCUCAAAGUGUGCCUUUUAGGGGACACUGGAGUUGGGAAAUCCAGCAUUGUUUGCAGAUUUGUUCAGGAUCGCUUUGAACACAACAUAAGUCCCACAAUAGGAGCAUCAUUCCUAACCAAAACAGUGCCAUCUGGAAAUGAACUUCACAAGUUUCUGAUCUGGGAUACAGCUGGACAGGAAAGGUUUCACUCAUUAGCUCCCAUGUACUACAGAGGAUCGGCUGCUGCUGUUAUUGUCUAUGACAUUACUAAACUGGACUCUUUCCAGACACUGAAGAAGUGGGUGAAGGAGCUGAAAGAACACGGCCCAGAGGACAUUGUUGUAGCCAUAGCGGGGAACAAGAAUGAUUUAGGAGACAUCAGGGAAGUUCCUAUGAAGGAAGCGAAGGAGUUUGCUGAAUCAAUUGCAGCUAUUUUCAUUGAGACUAGUGCCAGAAAUGCUGUCAAUGUUGAGGAGCUCUUUCAGAAAAUCAGUAAACAGAUCCCACCCCUUGAAAGUCCUGAGACGGAGAGCGAUGAGUCUUUUAAACUCAGCCGGCAGCCUGCUCCGUCCGCCAGGAGAUGCUGCUAGUACCAACAGCGGCUGAUGAGAUUACUUUCUUCAGCACCAGAGACCCACUGGUGCAGCACAUAGUCCACAAUGCACACAAUGUCUUACUCCGGGGGGAAACAAGACAGUGGACAGACAGAGGUCAGCUUGCAUGUGUGGUCAACUGCAACAUGAAACAACAGUAUUAUGAGGGUCAUUGCACAUUUAUUUCAUUCACUUGUAGCAGUUUUAACUCUGAAGUCUUGGAGCCUUCGGUUUGUCCCCCUCCGCCGGUGUUCUGCCUGAAUUACAUAACAAUUUCUGUCUUUGUGGUAUGACGUACAGAUUAUUACACAGAGGCAGUUUUAUCCCAUUUUCCAUAUUAAAUUCAGCACAGAUUAAUAACAAGUAGGGCUGGACUGAAAAGUCUGAAGCUUUGAAGCGUCAUGCAUAACGUUGACAUUCAAAUUCUUAAUCAACAUCAGCUUUUUUUUUUUGUUGUUUUUUGUCUAUUCAUUCUGUUUGAACUUGGUAUUAGCGCAUUGUUUCAGAUAAAGCUACUAAUACUAUUAAUAUAAUACUAUUUGUAGAAUUAGAUUCCGGUGUUUCCGACUCAUGUGAUACAAAUAACUCCAAAAGAAAAAAAUUAUAUUUACAACAUUUUCACUGCAGUCAAAAAAGUAAUUGCAGGCACGCCCAUAACAGAUUACAUUUAUAUAUCUCCAAUUACAAAAAAAUCUAAUUUUCCCAGUUAUUUUUGAGUUUAUCCUAAAAUCUGACGUCUGAAUGUAAAAAAAACAAAACAACAAAAACAUUCAGUGCAGCCCAAAUAACAAGUGAUCUG